AUGGGAGAGGACGUAUGUCUACAAAGGGCUGCCUUUGGACAUGGUAUGGAAGUGGCCCCUGGUAUAGAAGAUGGAUUUCCCGGGGAAAUGUUCUUUAUGAAUGCGAAAGAUUGCAUUGAUGGGUAUGGCAUUCAAUCUGUAAAGGGCACGUUCAUAUCGCCCAAACAUAUUCGGCUGGCCCGAGGGUGCUACGCCAUGGCAAGCGACUCCGACCGAGAAGUGGACACUUUGGACCAGCACAGCCCAAUAUUGAAAAACAAAAGGGGGCGCAGCUCGCAUUUUAGUUUCUGGUCCCGUGUUGACGCAGGGGAGAUCAAAAUUCAACAAACGCUUGAGGAGUGGCGUUUAUUGGCUUCUGCAACGCCAACGUAUGAGGUACACAAGAACAUCGCGAACUAUGAAAUCAGCACGACUAAUCUGGGGGAUUACCCGUACAAAUCCACGCCAUAUGGGGAUGUAUACUAUUCGCCGAGGUACAGCGACCACAAGUACACGUAUCGGUUCGUGAUACUCACUAAGGGGGUAAGAAACGAGGCGCAUCGCAUACUCAAGAACUGCGGAACUCACUUCCUUACGGAGGCGCAGAUCAUCCACCAAUUGGGAAUCGACCUUUCUCCCGGGUGGGAACACUUCAUGGUGUACCGCAACAGGUUAGACGAGCUCAUUUUGCGGCGUCCGUUCGGUAAGUAG